CUACUGCAGACCUGGGUGUUUUUAAUCUUACAGUAACCAGUCCUUGGCAACCUGCCUAAACAUUGAGUAAUCGCUGUUUUGUAAGAGAGCCCUGUUUGUAGCCCUCUGGAGAGGCUGGGAUGGAGCUGUUAGAGUUGUCAUGGACUUUUUGAGAUUUGAUGGCUGGUUAAAGCUUCACCUGGUACCUCAAUGAUGUGCUUCAUUUGGAACUUGGCUGCAUUUAUCCCACGUUUAUUUUGUGGGUCUUUCUGGUCUUUUCUGUUUCCUGAUCUCUAUCUCAGUAGGAUUAUGAAAUGGAUGAUUUCUUAAUAUAAAUGUUGAUAUCUUUCCAUUAUUUUCCUCCAUGCUGUGCUCAGGUGCUGACCUUGAGAAAGAAGGGAGGGAAGAGAAAGAGAAGAGAAGCCAGAGUGAGGAGAUUGGGGAGGAGGAGAGACCAACCCUGCAGCACACCGAGCAGCUGGUGAGGUUUUGUGGGUAAACGUGUGACAUCAUGGCUCAGGUGCUGCACAUGGACCCCAGCUUCCCAGGAGGGAAGCUUACCCCGUCCGCUCCCCCCUCUCUGCACGGGAAGGAGCAGGAGGCGCCCUACUCUGUGGAGACCCCCUACGGCUACCGUCUGGACCUAGACUUCCUCAAGUAUGUCAACGACAUUGAGAAGGGAAACACCAUCAAGAAGGUCCCCGGUCAGCGCCGGCCCCGCUACGGGUCUCUGCCCCGGGGGUACGGCUACACGGGCUCCUGGUGGACCUCCACAGAGUCCCUGUGCUCCAACACCAGCCAGGACAGUCGCCAAUCAUCCUUCUCCUACUGCGCCCCGGGCUACCACCCACACAACUCCCACUCCCAGAGGCCCAGCUUCAGCACGGCCCGGGUGGAGAAGACCCUGCUGGACGCCCGCAGGAAGUUGGAGGAAGAGAAAGAAGGGGGCCCCAGGAGGUUCUCCAGCACACUUGGUAGCAUGCACAACAGCAUGGCCGGAUCCACCACCUCCCUGAGCAGCGCCCACAGCUACAACCGCACCCAUGGAGGAGGAACGGGCUCCUUCACCCCCAUGAGCUCCGGCCUGUCCACGCCCGUGUCGCCCACCCCGGCCCACCUGCAGCAUGUAAGAGAGCAGAUGGCGGUGGCUCUGAGGAAGAUCCGGGAACUGGAGGAGCAGGUGAAGACCAUCCCCGUGCUACAGGUGAAGAUCUCUGUGCUGCAGGAGGAGAAGAGGCAGCUAAGCGUCCAGCUGAAGAGCCAAAAGUUUCUGGGACACACCCUUGGCUUCGGCAGAGUGGGCCGGCCCCGAGGGGAGCUCUACAUCGACAUCCCAGAGGAGGAUGUGAGCUCUGGAGCUGGAGCCACCAUCAGGGUUGCAGCAGGGCCUCUGUCCCCCACCACUCCCACCACCCCUGAGGGCUCCAGGCCGCAGGCAGACUCAGGCUGUGAGAUUGAGGACACGGUGAUCGUGGGUGGAGCACGGCCGGCUGGGCAGAGGGAAGUGCGUACCAUUGGGGUGGGAUCAGAGGAGGCGAGGGGCAGCCAGCAGGUGGAUGUGGGCAUUGGGGUGAAGGAGCAGGACCUAGGGCUGGUGCCGGAGACAGAGGCCCUGAAGAGCCAGGUGGGCCAGCUGGAGGGCCAGCUGAAGAGUACGAUGCAGGAGCUGCAGGCUGCCCAGCAGCAGGUGCAGGCAGCUAAGAGGGAGAGGCAGGUUCAGGCCCCCCAGGCAAACCACUCGGUCAGGGCCACCAGUCUGAGCUGGCAGGAGCAGCAGGGACACAGCCUGCAAACGGUAGUCAGCUUUACCCAGCAGCCCCAUCACCGGGCACAGAGGACUGUGGGAAUCCAGGUGUACACGCUGGAGCAACCAGCCACUGUGGUGGGGGUGGGCACGUUGCUCCGAGCAGAGGGGUGCAGCUCCCCCUCCCUCCCUCCAGGUGGUACAGUCCUGGAGGGAACCCACAGAGGACAUGCACAGGCCCUGGGCCCAGAGGAUGCAGCUGUUGAGCUGCCCAUCGCCAUCUCCUCCAAACAGGUCCGAGAGGUCCUAAGAAGUGAGCUGUCCACCUCUGUGCCUGUCACUAAUCCUGCCAUCGCCAUUGAUACCAUUGGUAAUCAGAUGGCUUUGCUGCAUCUGAAGGAAGGAGAGACACCCCAGCACACUGCCAUAAACACCGUCCAGUCUCAAGAAGAGCCAUCAAAGCCAGCUGCAGCAGCCUCUCCCCAGACAGCCCUGAGGUCCAUUAUGAAACGUAAGGCAGAAGGAGAACCUGGCUCUCCAUCCACCAAGAAGAACCUGCAGUUCACUGGAGUCAAUGGAGGGUAUGAGUCCACCUCGUCAGACGACAGUAGCAGUGAGAGUUCAGAGGAGAGUGAUGCCAGUGAAUAUCAUGAGACCACAGAGAAACUCCCAGAAGCACCAGAGUCUGCAGCGGGACGGCACCAGCAAUCAGCAGCAGUCCCAGUCUCCUCCACAAGGCUAGAGCAUGUCACUCCGCUCCCAGCCACUACCGUCCAACCACCAGCCUGUCAACCUGCCUCUGAGCGGAGCACCAGCCAAUCGGCAGCAGUCCCAGUCUCCUCCACAAGGCUAGAGCAUGUCACUCCGCUCCCAGCCACUACCGUCCAACCACCAGCCUGUCAACCUGCCUCUGAGCGGAGCACCAGCCAAUCGGCAGCAGUCCCAGUCUCCUCCACAAGGCUAGAGCAUGUCACUCCGCUCCCAGCCACUACCGUCCAACCACCAGCCUGUCAACCUGCCUCUGAGCGGAGCACCAGCCAAUCGGCAGCAGUCCCAGUCUCCUCCACAAGGCUAGAGCAUGUCACUCCGCUCCCAGCCACUACCGUCCAACCACCAGCCUGCGAACCUGCCUCUGAGCGGAGCACCAGCCAAUCAGCAACCGUAAGCAUGGGACUGCAGCAUCUAGCCACCUUAUCACCAACCUUGAACACUGCCGUGCAACAAUGUGCCUCUGACUCUGCUCCCACUGAGACGACCUACCCGUCUCCAGCCAAUGACUGUGUCCGUCAGGGGAGUAUUGUCCAAUCAUCGGUCCCAGACCCCAUCCCUCAGGAGUGUACCUCCAUAAAUACUAGCACUGAACCCACUACACCUGAGCAGUGCAUCGUGCAAUCAGCUGCUACCUGUUCUGCACCCCCCAAGCCACCCAGAUGCCAACCAGAAGCCACUAACCCGGAAGUAAUGCAGGGUGUCACCCAAUCAAAUACCACUGAUGUCACCGUUCAGCUAGAUGCCAUCAAAUCACAAACUACUGACCUCGCCCCUCAGCAUUGGGCCACCCAAUCAUCAGCUACUGAACAAAGCUCCCAGCAGAGGAGAGUCCAGUCACCAGCCUCGACACCAACACCUGGAAACGCCCCAAGUGCUGCUGGAGCAGCCAAUCAAGAAACCAGACUGGAGUUCAGUGAGAGCCUGAUGGCAUCUCUCCAUGCCCUGCAGAAAGCCCUGGGUGAACCAAAUGCUUUCAGCCAGCACGCAGCAAGGACAGCCUACACCACGGUGCUCCAGGAGUGGCUUCGUGUGUCCUGUCACAAGGCAGCUGACACUGCCAUGGUCAGGGCCUAUAUGGAUACCUUCUUCCGUCUCCCACAGCUGCUGAAGUUUGUGGUCAAUAUGGCCGACGGCAACGGCAACACGGCCCUGCACUACACCGUCUCCCACUCCAACUUCCCUGUGGUCAAGCUGCUGCUGGACACUGGCCUGUGUAACGCUGACAAGCAGAACAAGGCCGGGUACACAGCCAUCAUGCUGACAGCUCUGGCUGCCUUCCACUCUGACAGUGACCUUCACACCGUCCUGCAGCUGCUGCGCACAGGGGACGUGAACGCCAAAGCCAGCCAGGCGGGUCAGACGGCGUUAAUGCUGGCAGUGAGUCACGGGCGAGGGGACAUGGUACGGGCGCUCCUCUCCUGCGGGGCACAGGUCAACAUCCGCGACGACGACGGCUCCACGGCGCUCAUGUGUGCCUGCGAGCACGGCCACGUCGACAUCGUGCGUCAGCUGCUGUCUGUGCCAGGCUGUGAUGUCACUCUCACUGAUAACGAUGGCAGUUCAGCCCUGUCCAUAGCCCUGGAGGCCAGUCAGAAUGACAUCGCUGUGCUUCUCUACGCUCACCUCAACUUCGCCAAGCCUCCUUCCCCUGAAAAUGACCCAACACACCUCCAGGCUGUGUAAGGGCUAGUUGAACAAGAAGGAAAGUGAUGAGUGCUGCAUCAGAUGACCUGGCCUCCACCAAAUGGAGAUGGAUUGGGAUGAGUUGGACCGCAGAGGGAAGGGAAAGCAGCCUACAAGUGCUUAGUAUGUAUGGGAAUUGCUUCAAGAGUGUUGGAAAAGCAUUCCAGGUGAAGCUGUAUGAGUGAAUGUGACAGGUAGCCUAGUGGUUAGAGUGUUAGGCCAGUAAACCAAAAGGUUGCUGUA